ACCACCACCACCUCUUCCUCCCUAUCCAUCGACUCAAUCUCCAAUCGUCACAUCUCAUCUCCAGAUACCUCUCCAUCCGCCCUUCUUCUCAAUCUCGAUCUCGAUCUCUCUCUCUCUCUCUCACUGAAUAGAAAAAACCGGCUUCCCACGCCCGCUCCAACCCGCAAUCAUGGUCCAGCUCACCGAAGUCACCGACGAGGAGUUUGUGCGCGAGCAGGAGGGUCCCAUUGACGAGGAGGACUGGGACACUGAUUCUGAAUCCGAUACCUCAUCCGUACACUCAGUGCAGCCCGACGAAACGUUUUUCGAGCGCCUGUCGGCGCUGCAAGAUAUGAUUCCCGCGAGCACGCGGCGCUCCGUCUCGUCAAAAGCAAACACACUCUCGGCGUGGUUCAAGAGCGGCUUGACCAUGGGCGGCAAGACGCUGUGGGUCGUUAGCACCAGUGCGCUGCUGCUCGGUGUCCCAUGGGCCCUGGCGUACAGCGAGGAGCAGAUGAUUGUCGAGCAGGAGAGGGCUGAGCUGCAGGCGCAGCGUGCGCAGAAUGAGUUCAUGGUUCCUGGUGCGCCUAUGCCAGGCCAGCCGCAGGGCGCAAAGCCGGCUUUGUAGAAGGAAAAAAAACCAACAAGAAACUACAACCACCAAAAAAAAUCCUACGAUGCUGCGAUUGUGAUCUACCAUCCCCCUAUUUGGACGCUUUCUCAACUCAUGGGCUCUCUCUCUCUCUCUCUUUCUCUAAAUACACACAUACACAUGCGCGCCGACUUAUUCUCUGGUUUGUUACGAUAGUGCGAUUUGGGGCAUGGAGGCGAGACGGGGGGAAGUGGGGGGGAAUCACCAUGUUCUGUUUAUUGCAUAUAGCGGAACCCGGCCAAAUUCCCUUGCCCUAAAGCCCUUUUUUCUUUCUUUACAAUCUUGUAUUAUUAUAUUCUUUUUUUCUUCUCUUCUUCUUCUCGACUCCACGAUAAUGAAAAUGCCAUUGUAACAUCACCCUUGACAUUGACA